UGCCAACUGACAAAGCUGGCGACGCUGAAUUUGUUGGUUAAGUGGGAUGCAAUUUUCUUAAGUAAAAAAACUUAAAUUUUCCAAAAAUGAGUCGCCGACGCCCCCACGAAGAAGAGGACGGUUAUGACCGUGCCUACCGCAAACGGCGUCGAGUCUCCGAAAACCAAGAGAUCGAGGAUCGCUUGGAGUCCCUGAUCCUUCGAGUCGGUGAAAAAAGCACCUCUUCCUUAGAGUCAAACUUGGAGGGGCUUGCGAGUGUCCUAGAAGCCGAUUUAUCCACUUUCCGGGUUAAAAUACUGAGAAUUUUAACGGACUGUGCUAUCAAAAUGCCGGAAAAAUGCACGAUUUACACGACUCUAGUUGGCCUACUUAAUGUGAAGAAUUACAAUUUUGGGGGCGACUUUGUCGAGUACAUGGUGAAAAAUUUCAAAGAGUCUUUGAAGACCUGUAAGUGGGACGCAGCAAGAUACGCUUUAAGGUUUCUGGCGGAUUUGGUCAAUUGUCACGUCGUUUCGGCCCCCUCUCUACUCCAAUUGUUGGACAAUAUGAUUGACGCGGCAAACGAAGAUAACGUUCCUCAAGUCCGUCGCGAUUGGUACGUUUUCGCUAUUUUGAGCACACUCCCAUGGGUGGGCCGGGAGUUAUACGAAAAGAAGGAACAAGCCUUGGAACAUCUCUUAGUACAAAUUGAAGUUUUUUUGAACAAGAGGGCAAAGAAACACCACAAUGCGUUAAGAGUCUGGGCUAUUGACACUCCUCACCCUCAAGAAGAAUAUCUUGAUUGUUUAUGGUCCCAAAUCCGGAAAUUGAGACAAGACAACUGGGCGGAGAAACACAUUCCUCGCCCUUACUUAGCUUUUGACUCGAUUUUAUGCGAGGCAUUGCAACAUAGUCUCCCUUCAAUUCUUCCUCCUCCCCACCACGAUACAUACCAGUAUCCCAUGCCUUGGGUCACAUUUCGCUUGUUUGAUUACACCGAUUGUCCUGAAGGGCCGAUUCUCCCGGGGGCACACUCAAUUGAGCGUUUUCUGAUCGAGGAACACAUUCAUUCAAUCAUUGAAAUGUAUCAUUUGGAGAGGAAGGAUUGCGCAGCUCAUCUUUUAAAUUUCCCUUACAAACUCAAAAUUCCACUCGAGUAUUGCAUUGUUGAGUGUAUUUUUGCCGAACUGUUCCAUAUGCCUACUCCCCGGUAUUUGGAAAUCGCAUAUGGGGCUAUUUUGAUCGAAUUGUGUAAAUUACAACCGUCAACAAUGCCACAGGUUCUGGCCCAAGCGACCGAAAUGUUGUUCAUGAGGAUUGAUUCAAUGAAUGUGUCGUGUUUUGACCGAUUUGUCUGCUGGUUUUCUUACCAUUUGAGUAAUUUCCAAUUUAGGUGGUCAUGGGAGGAUUGGGAUAGUUGUUUGACACUUGAUAUGGAACAUCCCAAGCCUAAGUUUAUCAGAGAAACGAUGUUAAAGUGCAUGAGGUUGUCGUAUCAUCAAAGAAUAAGGGAAAUUCUUCCAGACUCGUUCAGUUGUUUCAUACCAGCAAAGCCAGAGCCGGAUUACAAAUACGCUAAAGAAGGGGCUGCGUCACUUCCGGGUACUCCGGCUGCUCAUCAAUUGGUGGUGUCAAUACGUCAGAAAUGUACUCCCGAGGAAGUCCUAGGGGUGCUUAAAGACCUUCCAAAUCCUCGUUCAGAAGAAGAGACUGAUAGCAGAUUUAAUCCUCUCAAAAUCGAUGUUUUUGUUCAAACAUUACUCAAUUUAGGGUCAAAAAGCUUUUCGCAUAGCUUUGCAGCGAUUUCCAAGUUUCUUUACGUUUUUAAGAUUUUAGCAGAGUCGGAAGAAGCUCAAAUCUGCGUUUUACGAAACAUGUUUGAAUUGUGGCACAAUCAUCAGCAAAUGAUGGUCGUUUUAGUCGAUAAAAUGUUAAAAAUUCAAAUCGUCGAAUGUUCAGCUGUCGCGAAUUGGAUUUUUUCUAAAGAAAUGACUGCAGAAUUCACUAGAAUGUACUUGUGGGAAAUUUUACAUCUGACAAUUAAAAAAAUGAACAGACAUGUGAUUAAACUAGGAGGUGAACUGGCUGAAGCUAGAGAGAAAUUGGCACGAGCAGAGAGCAGCGAAAGUGAGUCUGAAGAUGAAGACUCCAAGAAGAAACAAUCCGAAAAUGAGAAACCCACUGAAGAAUAUGUAGAAAGAAUGGAAGAGAAGUUGGAAGCGGCACAAGCCGAUCAGAAAAAUUUGUUCUUAAUUAUUUUCCAAAGGUUUAUUAUGAUACUGUCCGAACAUUUGGUCAGGUGUGACACAGAUGGCCGGGAUUACAACACCCAUUGGUACAAGUGGACGAUUGGGCGCCUCCAACAAGUGUUUUUAGCGCAUCAUACACAAGUCCAGAAAUACAGUUCUACAUUAGAAACGCUACUUUUUACGCAAGAUUUGGACCCACACAUUCUUGAAGUAUUCCAACAGUUUGUCUCGUUAAGAGCUUAAUUUUUUAUUUAAUAUACAUUGUAAAGUGUAGUUUAUCUCAAAUACAAUUCUUAAAUAAAAAGUAUAUCAAUAUAAAUAAA